AGUCUCAAAAUUGCUGGUGCAAAGAACAUGCAUUCAUCAUCUGGAUGAGCCGUUAAAAAGAGUGCUCGAACAUCGCCAGUUAAAUCGCUUGUUUGAGACGAUUUGAUUUGUUUGUCUCUACAUAACAUAAAUCGCAACAAAUGUUUACGUGACUUUGCUGAAUUCUGCCGAUAGUAAAUGCAUUGUAUCCAAAAGAAGUAGGACACAAUUGCUCCAAAAAGUGUGGUUUGGGUCUCCAGCCAUGCUCAACCUGAGCCCCUGAUCAGUGCAGCAAAAGCCCGCCCGGCUCAACCCUGAGCCAGGAUGUCCAGUAGCUCGGGCUACCCCCCUACCCAGGGGAGCUUCAGCAGCGAGCAGAGCCGCUACCCACCACACUCUGUCCAGUACACCUUCAGCACCACACGUCACCAACAGGAGUUCACCGUCCCGGACUACCGAGGUCACCUGCAGGACCAGCAGGGUCGGCGAAGGCCUUCCUUGCUUUCUGAAUUCCACCCUGGAACUGAGAGGCCUCCAGAGAGACGUCAUGGCUAUGAGCAACAGUUCCACAGUGUCACCUCCCAGCAGCAGACCGAUGGACACGAGGCCCUGGAAGCCAAGCGGCCUCGCAUGGAGACCGUCUCUGAGGCCCACUUUUCCCAUAAUGCCCUGUCCGGAGGCAUCGUUCUGCCCCUGCAGUCCCACCAGGUCCAGGACAGCCUCAGAGCCUCUGGAGGGGAGGUCAAGAAGGAGACCCAGUUCAGUGGCAUGAAAGCCGAGUCCCAGUCCCCAGGAGGGCUGCACCGUGUGGGGGAGGAGCAGGACGGCUCGCCCUCCAAACUGUCCAAGGAGGAACUGAUCCAGAGCAUGGACCGUGUGGACAGAGAAAUCGCUAAAGUGGAGCAGCAGAUCUUCAAGCUGAAGAAGAAGCAGCAACAACUGGAGGAGGAAGCGGCGAAGCCAGUGGAGCCAGAAAAGCCGGUGACCCCUCCCCCCAUACCACAGGAACACAACAAACACCGCAGCAUCGUCCAGAUCAUAUAUGACGAGAACAGGAAAAAAGCUGAAGAGGCCCAUAAGAUAUUUGAAGGUCUUGGUCCCAAGGUUGAACUGCCCCUUUAUAACCAGCCGUCUGAUACUAAAGUAUACCAUGACAACAUAAAGACUAAUCAAGUGAUGAGGAAGAGGCUGAUUCUGUUUUUCAAGAGAAGGAACCAUGCUCGUAAACAAAGGGAACAGAACAUCUGCCAGCGCUACGACCAGCUGAUGGAGGCGUGGGAGAAGAAGGUGGAGCGGAUGGAGAACAACCCGCGUCGCAAGGCCAAGGAUGGCCGCACCAGGGAGUACUACGAGAGACAGUUCCCCGAAAUACGCAAGCAGAGAGAGCAGCAGGAGCGCUUCCAGAGGGUUGGUCAGAGAGGAACUGGAAUGUCUGCGACCAUCGCCAGAAGCGAGCAUGAGAUUUCUGAAAUCAUCGACGGCCUUUCUGAACAGGAGAACAACGAGAAGCAGAUGAGACAGAUGUCCGUCAUCCCGCCCAUGAUGUACGACACAGAGCAGAGGCGAGUCAGGUUCAUCAACAUGAACGGCCUGAUGGACGACCCAAUGAAGGUGUACAAGGCUCGGCAGUUCAUGAAUGUGUGGACCGAACACGAGAAGGAGAUUUUCAAGGAAAAGUUUGUUCAGCACCCAAAGAAUUUUGGCCUCAUUGCUUCCUAUCUAGAGAGAAAGUGUGUCUCCGAUUGUGUCCUGUACUACUACUUGACCAAGAAGAACCAGAACUACAAGACGCUGGUGAGACGCAACUAUGGAAGACGGCGAGGGAGAAACCAGCAAAUAACACGACCGUCACAAGAAGACAAGUCAGACGACAAAAUCGAAGAGGAGAAAUCGGAGAAGUCAGAGAAAAAAGAGGACGAGCAGAAUAAGGAAGAGGAAGAGAAAGAUGAAAAGGAGGACUCCAGGGACAUCGGCAAAGACAAAGACAAGUGUGACGGUGGGGAAGACGAGGACGGAAAGGAGCAGAGCACGCCGCGCGGCAGAAAGACCGCCAACAGCCAGGGCCUGCGCAAGGGAAGGAUCACCACGCGCUCCAUGGCCAAUGAGGCUGCCUCCGUGGCGACCGAGGAGCCACUACCGCCGGCCUCCGCCCCUGAGCCUGCCCUGCCUGCAGAGUCUCCUCAGCCCCCCAAAGCUGAGCCUACUACACAGAAGGCCAUUAGAGAGCCCACCAAAACUGCACCAGGUGGAGCUCCCAUGGACCCUAACAGAGGAGCACUAGGAACUGCUGCCGCCGCGAACAUUGAAACCGGUGAGACUUCUCGCUGGACCGAGGAGGAGAUGGAGGUUGCCAAAAAAGGCCUUGUGGAGCAUGGGCGUAACUGGCCAGCCAUUGCCAAGAUGGUGGGCACCAAGAGCGAGGCUCAGUGCAAGAACUUCUACUUCAACUACAAGAGACGGCACAACCUGGACAACCUGCUCCAGCAACACAAGCAGGACACCCGGCGGGCACGGGGUGAUCGGGACCCGUCUCAGAGCGAGAGCAUGGCCUCAGCUGACGACGAUGAAAACCCAGAGGAUAGUGACGGUGGAGAGAACAGCUCAGACACAGAAAGCGCCCCGUCCCCGUCCCAGGUGGACCCCUCCAAGGCCGGAGGAGAGUCCCAGACAGGAGACAUUGCUGGAGGGUCAGAGAGCCAGCGGUCUGAUCAGGACCAGGCCAGCGAUAGAAAGGGCCAGGAUCCGUCCUACGGGGAGCUGAGGGUCAAGCUGGAGAAGAGCCCGGACGGAGAGUCCAGAGACCCUGACUCUCAGGAGGAUCAGGACAGGGAGAGGGCCCGGGCAGCCUACGAGGGCCAGGUGCACCCCAAGUGCGAGCCCCAGGAGGUGGACAUGAAGCCCGGGGGUACUGAGGUACAGGUGAAGGUGGAGCCUGACUCGGCUAAGGAGAAGGGGGACAAUGGGGAGAGAGAGGAGCAGAGAGAGGGGCACCACUCAGACAAUGACUCCAGCGCCACCUGCAGUGCAGAUGAGGAUGUGGACGCUGAGCCCGAGAGACAGAGGAUUUUCUCUAGUAUGGACAAGCCUUCGCUGCUCAGCCCUCCCGGCUCAGUGCUGAUGUCCACGGCCAAGCAGGCCCACCUCAACAUGCAGCAGCUCCAGCAGCGCACCGCUGCCAUCCCGCCCAUGGUCAGUCACUAUAGCAACCCACACUUUUCUAUGAUCAGAUAUGCCCAUUCGGAGAGGCAGGCAUACGGAGGCAGGCAACAGGGUGAAAGCAUGUCUUGUUUAGACCAACCUACCCGUCAAGUGGGUCCUUUCAGCACUGGCGGGAUGCCCAUGGGAGCCCCCCUCAGUGGCUUUGCCAUGUUCCAGCACCAGAUCAAGGCGGUGCACGAGUCGGCCCACGCGGAGGAUAAACAGAGACAGGACCAGGCCGACCCCGAGCACAGCAGACAACCUCCCAACUGCCCGCGCUUCACUACCCACAGCCCCACUGUACUGGACAGGGAGGGUAAGCCCUUCCCCUACAUGCCUUAUGAUAUGAAGAUGGCUCUGGAGCAGGAGGCCCAGUCUGGUCGGCCAGGCUCUCCCUACAGGCUCUCUCCCAGGGACAUGAGCAAGGCCUCUCCUCAGCCCAACGACCCCAACGCCUCCCGCUACAGCGUGCCUCCAGUGCUCCAGCCAGCUCCCAACCAGGUGGUCCAGAGCCUGCCUGAUGGAGUCCGCGUGACUUUCUCCAGACACAGCCGACCUGCCAACAUUCCAUCUCCUCCUCCACUCAUUCCAACCUCCAAACCCACAGACAAGCCUUCCUUUAUCCAGGGCGGCUCCAUCUCCCAGGGAACUCCUGGUACGUACCUGUCAUCCCAUGCUGUCUACGGUGGCCCAGAGGUUGCAAAGAGCUCAGUGGGCUCCAUAUCCCUGGGCCUGCCCAGGCAGCAGGACCCCACCAAACCUGUGUCCUACAUUAAGCAGGAGGAGUGUUCUCCGCGUGGCCAGUCGGAGGGCCUCCUCUCCCAGAUGCAGUAUGAGGGGGUAGUAAGAGGAGGCCCACUGGAUGGGGGUAUCAGCAGAGGCAACCCAGCCAGAGGAUCAAUCACACAGGGCACGCCAGCCCUGUCUGGGUCCAGCAUUGCGGCUGACCUGCUGAAGGGCACCAUCACCAAGCUGACCACGGAGGACCUGAACAGCCCAGAGAAGGCCCGGGAACAGCUGACCAAGGGACACGUCAUCUAUGAGGGCAAGAGUGGACACAUCCUAUCCUACGACGCCAUUAAGAACCCAAGAGAGGCCACGUGUAGCCCCAGGUCAGGCCAUGAGCUCAAACGCUCCCACGAUAUGAUGGAGGCCGCCAGAGGCCACCCCGGGAGAGAAGGAGCCCCCUUCGAGGGGUUGAUAAUCCGAGCCCUGCCCAGAGAAAGUCCCCAUGGGGAGUCUAAGGAGAGGCCCAUGAUCACUGGAUCCAUCAUGCAAGGUACACCCAGAACCUCUGCAGAGGCCUAUGAGGAGAGCAUGAAGUACGGCAAGCAGAUAAAGAGGGAGAGCCCACCCAUCCGCUCAUUUGAGGGGGGGAUAGGUAAGGGUAAACCCUACGAGGGGGUGAACACCAUUAAGGAGAUGGGUCGCUCCAUCCAUGAGAUCCCCCGUCAAGAGCAACCUGGACAGGACCCCCGCAAGACCCCCGACAUGGCUGCCAACAGCCGAGCCGCCAUGGAGGGCUCCAUAUCCCAGGGCCAUCCUCUGAGCCAGUCGGCCAUCAAGCACAACGUCAAGUCCCUGAUCACCAGUCCCAGUAGGCUGCCCCACGGCCCCACCAUGCCCCAGCUGGAGGCCAUGGAGCGGGCCAAGUACGAGGAGAGCAAGGUGGCGGCGGAGCAGCAGCAGCGGGCGCGCCACACCUCUGUGGUCAACUCGGCCACCUCCGUGCUGCGCUCCACCCACCAGGAGCAAGGCAAGUCCCAGCUCAGCCCGGGCAUGUACCAAGACGCAGAUGCCCGCAGGACCCCGGUCAACUACAGCACCAGCUCCAUGUCCAGAGGUUCGCCCAUGCUGGGCCGAGGACAGGAGGGCUCUGGGAAGCCUACGUCCCACGAUAGGAAGAGUGCCAUGACCCCCAAUCAGAGAGAGAGUGUUCCAGCCAAGUCCCCUGUGUCAGGGGGUGACCCCAACCACCCUAUGGCCUCCCACAGCCCCUUUGACCCCCACCACCGCCCCAUGGCCCCCGGAGAGCCUCGCUUCCACCUGCCUCCACACCUAGACCCUACCCUCUUCCACCGGGCCGUCCUGGACCCUGCUGCAUACAUGUUCCCAAGGCAGCCGUCCCCGACGGGCUACCACAACACCUACCAGCUGUACACCAUGGAGAACACAAGGCAGACCAUCCUCAACGAUUAUAUCACCUCACAGCAGAUGCAGGUUAUACCACGGCCCGAUGUUGCCAGGGUCCUGUCGCCACGGGAACAGCAACAGAUUGCCAUCUCUUAUCCUCCCGGAGCGCGAGGGAUUAUUGAUCUAGCCCAGAUGCCUCCAACUAUCCUGUUGCCUCACCCUGGGGGAACAGGUACUCCCACUAUGGACCGCAUCACCUACAUCCCCGGAGCUCAACCCCCUUUCCCUCCUAGGCCUUUCAACCCAGCCUCCAUAUCUCCAGUCUGUUUCUUUGUGUCCACAGGCCACCAAGCCCACCUCGCAGCUACAGCAGCGGCCUGUCAGGAGCGAGAACGAGAGAGGGAGCGCGAAAGAGAAAGGGAGCGCGAUCGGGAGCAUCGAGAGAAAGAGAGGGAAAAGGAACGAGAAAGGGAGAACAGGGAGAGGGAAAGAGAGGAGUACAGACAACGAGAGCGUGAGCGAGUGGUGGCUGCAGCGGUUGCCAAUGACUACAUGCGUGGAGGUCCAGGGCAGCCAGAUAGACCAGGAAGCCGUGGUUACCUGCGUAGCCCCUCCCCAUCUAUGAGGUCACAGGAAGCCCAGCAGCAGCGACCCAGCAUCUUCCAAGGAACCAACAGCAAGGGCGUCAUCACCCCUCUCAUGCCGUCAGCAGCAGCAGCCCAGGCAGGAGCCCGUUACAGCACUGCAGCCGACGCCCUGGCUGCCCUGGUGGACGCUGCCGCCUCCGCCCCUCAGAUGGACGUCAACAAGGGCAAGGACUCCUCCAAGCACGAUCGAGACGACGACAUGUCUUCAUCAUCAUCAUCAUCCUCUGCGGCCAGGCGGCAGCACGAGCAGCAGCAGCAGGAGGCAGACAGGCGCUCCAUGCAGUCUCCCUACAUGUCUCUGCCAGGGGGGAAACCCCACCCAGGAUACGCUGAGGGGUCUGGUGGUCCCCAGGGGGGAAAGGACAAGGGUCCCCCCACCAAGUCACGCAUCGAGGAGGAGCUGAGGACCAGAGGAAAGACCACCAUCACGGCCGCCAACUUCAUCGACGUCAUCAUCAAGCGUCAGAUCGCCUCGGACAAGGACUCACGGGAGAGAGGCUCCCAGAGCUCCGAUUCCUCCAGCAGCUUGACAUCCAGUCGGUAUGAGGUGCCCAGUGGAGGAGCCAUCGAGGUGAUCAGCCCAGCCAACUCUCCAGCCCAGGCCCAGCAGGAGAAACAGCAGCAGGAUGACAGGGAGAGGGCUGACAGGGACAGGGCCGCACAGGCAGCAACACAAGCAGCUGGCAUGCGUUCCUUUGACAUGAUCCGCUACCGCCAGUCAACGGAGUCCCAGCAGCCCCCCUCCUCCCAGGCUGACGGAGGGUACUCCCAGUCCCAGCAGGUCCCCAAGACCCACCGGGUCAUGACCCUGGCUGACCACAUCUCGCAUAUUAUCACCCAGGACUUUGCCAGGAACCAGGAUCCUCCUCAGUCCUCCACCACAUUCCAGAGCGCCCAGCUGCCAGUAUCUAGCUCGGGCCCCGGGGGCCGUGCCAAGGGCCACAGCCGCUACAGCCCAGAGAACCAGACCCAGGCCCCAUCACACCACCAGAGACCCACGCCCAGCAGAGUGUCUCCUGAGAACGCCACUGACAAGCCCAGAGCCAGACCUGGUAAAUCCCCUGAUCGGGGUGGCAGGGGGGCCGUGGAGAGUUAUGAGCCCAUCUCCCCUCCCCAGAGCUACCAGGAUAAACAACAGGAGGCCAGAGAGCAGCAGCAGCAGCAACAACCCCAGAGACGAGAGGCUGACCAGCCUGAGAUGAGGGGCGACUCUCGCUCCCCUGGCAGUGUCAGCUACCUGCCCUCCUUCUUCACCAAGCUGGAGAACACCUCCCCUAUGGUGAAAUCCAAGAAGCAGGAGAUAUUUCGUAAGUUAAACUCCUCUGGUGUCGGGGAUUCUGAUGUAGGAAAUGCACAACCAGGCACAGAGAUCUUCAACUUGCCCGCUGUGACCAGCUCAAGCAGCGUGAACCCCAGGAACCACUCCUUCAGCGAUCCGGCCAGUAACCUUGGCCUGGAGGACAUCAUCCGGAAGGCCCUGAUGGGCAACCUGGAAGAAAGGCCAGAGGAGCACCAGGGAGGGCCUCAGCCCAGCUGUAACACCCCCAGCAAUGAGGCCCGCCAGGAGGCCAACCCCUCGCCGAGCAUGGGCAAGCAGAAACUGCAGAGCAAAGCCAACAGCCGGAAGUCCAAGUCGCCCAACCCAGGUCAGGCAUACGCAGCAACCCAGGCAGCAGGAGGUGAGCGGCCCUCAUCAGUCUCCUCCGUCCACUCAGAGGGAGACUACCACCAGCAGGCCCCGGCCUGGGCCUGGGAGGACCGGCCCUCGUCCACAGGCUCUAUGCAGUUCCCCUAUAACCCCCUGACCAUGCGCAUGCUGAGCAGCACGCCCCCCACCUCCAUGGCCUCCCCCUCCAUGCAGGCCCAGCAGCCCCCACCAGGAGGCCCUCUGGGGUCCCAGCAGCAGCGUGUGUGGGAGCGGGAGCCCCUACUGUCGGAGCAGUAUGAGACCUUGUCAGACAGCGAUGACUGAGCCCUGCCACUAGAGCCCUACCUGCCCCUCAUCCCACCCCAGAGGAAGGGCAGGCCUCUCAGUACAGGCCUGCCUGCCCACCCCCUCCCCCCAAAACAAGCCUCACUCACUGGUGCUGAAUGAGUGUGGGGAGAACAGAGGGUGUGGGGGUGUCCUUUUUGGUGCAACAGCGCCCUCUGACUGCCAGCAGUAAGAAAGGCAGCGAGUGACUUCUGACAGGCUUUAAUCUUCAGGAUAGACUGACUCCCUUUAUGUUCAGAAGCUUUGGCAGACAGCCUGUCAGGACAGAGGAAGCCUGGGUGGAGGAUAUGAUGAAAGAUAAAGAACUUGUAAUGUAUAAAUAUGAAAAAACAACACAAAAUACACAUUUCUUUGGGGGGAAAUUGUUUGAUUUUUGGUAAGAUGAUUUUGUCUAUAAGAAAUCAUUGUAUGUAAAUAGUGUAACUUUCUGCCGUUUUUUUUCUUCACUUGAUUAUUCUUAUUUUAAUGUUGCUUUUAAAUGUUUGUUUUUGAAUGAAUGGGGGAGGAGCGGGGUUUAAUCUUGAAUAUCAGUCUGUCCCUCCCUGUCCAUCUCUUACCCCCCCAUCACAGUGAAGCUGAGAGACAGAGGCCCCCUAUCCACCUGACCACCAAGCACCACCAAAGCCUGAACAUUGUUGACAUAAGUGAAUGAAACAAACACACACGUUAACAUUUUAAUUGUGCGUUUGUAAUUUGAUGCCUGUCUUUGCAACACUGUGGAGAAAGAUGAUGCAUGGAUGUAACAAUAUUUCUGCUGAUCUAGAACUUAAAGAAAGCUUUUGUCAGUCACCGCACCAUUGAGAAAAACAAAACCAAUAUCUUUGGAACAAGUUGAGAACACUGAGCAAGCAGAAAGGUGAAAGAAGACUAAUAAGCUUGAUGUUGUUCCUUCUGCUCGUGACUACUUUACUUCUGGGCCCCCAUGUUGAUCUGAACUCUGUCAAUGAGCCAAUUGUGUUUGGAUUAAGCUGACCACCACCAAGGUGGGUGUACUGUAUGGCACACAGUCUGACCCGUAGCUGUCUCUCUAGGGUUUCCAACCAGUGCAGAAUGUUCUACUUAUAGUACUCUGCAACCCACGUUGUCAUGGUAACUAAAGUACGUCAGGAACCUUCGCCCAAGAUUCACCCAUGCCUUGUGGCUGGAGAAAAAGAAGGCAGCUUUAAAAUUUUCUCAGAGAAAUAUGUUGGUGUUUUUUGUUUAUUUGUUUUGUUUCCGUAGUCCCUAUCUUUUUUUUUUAUACUGUCCUGACAGUAAACUGAUCUGUGUGAUUUGUCUUUUAUGUUUUUAGACAAAAAAAAUACAAAACUAACCAAACAUAAAGAAUGGUCUGCACCAUUGUUGCACUUUUUGCUUUGUAACCUUUGACAACAAAAGCAUACUACCUGUUGUAUAACUUAUUCAAGCUCCUGCAGAGGAUUGUACUGAGAUGUGCUUUGACUUUGCCCAUAAUUAAUGGAAACCUGGAUGUUUAUGACCGAGUUCCUGUCUUUUGUAGCUGGUACAUGGCUUUGUAGUGUGACACAUGCAAUUGUUUUACUUUUGUGUAUGGUACAGUCAAGUUGUUAAGGAAGAGUUGCUUUUUUGCAGUCAUGGUGACUAUUCAAGUCCAUUGCCUCUUAAUCUAUUCUCUAUUAAUAUCCAAGAUAAAUAUCAACCGUUUUGUCAAAAGACUAGGUCAACAUUGAUAAUGACAGUAAUGUUCCAUUGCAAGACCCUUUUUCAGAUAUGUGAAAGCAUACCAUGUUUUUUGGUUCUCUCAGCUUUUGCUUCGCUUAAAUAAUCCCAAUCUGCUCUAAACCUGAUAUUUCCUUGUUUUUUUCCGUGUCAUUUUGCUUUUGAAUUGUCCUAAAGCUGAUGUUCAGAUUUUUAUUUUCUAUCUUUUCAACAUCAAUUUUAUUCAUCCUAUUUUUGAUGGGAUGUCAAGUGUUUACAACGGCAAUGAGAAAAAGGUUACGAAACUUGAAUCUUAAAAAAUACAUCGAAAUGAAGCCGGAAAAGACUAAGUGCAACUUUUCAGCUGUGUCUUUGUCCAAAAUUGCACCUUAUUCCCUAUAUAGUGCACUUCUUUUGACCAGAUCCAGUGCACUAUAUAUGGAAUAGGUUGCCAUUUCGGAGGCACCAAAUCUGUCAAACAUCGUGGUAACUUUUUUUAUCUGUUUAAAAAUUUGAGACUUGAAAACCCGUGUAUCCCAUGAUGUUGAAAUGCAAUGUUUGUAUCGCACAAUGUCUCUUAGUAGUAUAUUACAAGAGUUCAGACCAAUCAAUAAAGUGGAUCAGUUCUCCACCUCUGAAA